GACAAAAAAAGACCUAACAAGAUCCAUUGGCAAUGUCUUUUAGAGAUGACAAUAUCAUUGUUUUCUUUCUUAGCUUUGUAUUUCUUCUUCUACUUCUAGUAGGAGCACAGGAGGAGAAUGUGUUUAACAUAAUCAAAAGAAGUGAUUUCCCCAAAGACUUUCAUUUUGGUGCAUCUUCUUCAGCUUACCAGUAUGAAGGUGGUGUUUCCUCAAAAGGAAAAAGUACUUGGGAUACCUUCACUCACUUAUACCCAGACAAAAUUGCCGAUCGUAGCAAUGGAGAUAUUGCUCUUGAUUCGUACCAUCGAUACAAGGAGGAUCUUUCCAUUAUGGAACAGACAGGUUUUAAUGCUUAUCGUUUCUCAAUUGCUUGGAGCAGAAUAUUGCCAAAAGGAAGCCUCAAGGGAGGUAUAAACCAGGAAGGCAUUGAUUACUACAACAGUCUCAUCAAUGCAACUCUUGCAAAAGGCCUCCAACCUUACGUUACACUUUUCCAUUGGGAUGUUCCUCAAGCUCUAGAAGAUGAAUACAAAGGCUUCUUGGAUCGUCGAAUUGUGAAUGAUUUUGAGGAUUAUGUCGACCUUUGCUUUAAACACUUUGGCGAUAGAGUUAAGCAUUGGAUCACUUUGAAUGAACCGAAUUUAUUUGCUCAAAACGGUUAUGGGAUAGGAACAUUUGCACCAGGAAGAUGUUCAAGUUGGGUACUCAAUAAUUGUUGCGACGGGAAUUCUUCAACUGAACCAUAUAUAGUUAGUCACCAUGAAAUUCUUGCUCAUGCUCAUGCUGUCAAACUCUACCGAAUGAAAUAUCAGAAAAUACAAAAGGGUAUAAUUGGCAUAACAGUACUAGAAAAUUGGUACGAACCAUAUUCAGAAUCUGCCGCAGACAAAGAAGCUGCAAAACGAGCUACUGAGUUCUUUUCUGGUUGGUUCUACAAUCCAAUUGUCCAUGGUGAUUAUCCAGAAAGUAUGAGACUUCGUGUAAAAGAUAGACUUCCAACAUUCACAGAAGAAGAAAAGAAUUUGAUAAAAGGAAGCUUUGAUUUUCUUGGACUCAACUAUUACACAGCAGCAUAUGCCAUAGAUGAUUCCAACACACAUGUUCUAUAUCCUUCAUACCUUACAGAUUCUGGAGUAAAUACUUCAAUUUCACUGGGACCAAAGCUGAAUGCAUCAUCUUGGCUUUCAGUUUAUCCACCCGGACUGGAAAAAUUGUUGGUAACCAUGAAAAAUAAUUAUAACAAUCCAAAUAUCUACAUCACAGAAAAUGGAUUCUUUGAUUAUGAUGAUCCUAAUGUAGGUAAACUAAUUUGUGAUAAGAAGAGAACUCUUUACCAUAUAACACAUCUCUAUCAUCUUCACCGAGCAAUAUUCACGCAUGGUGUACAGGUAAAGGGAUAUUUUGCAUGGUCAUUGUUGGACACUUUUGAAUGGUCAGAUGGAUAUACCAAACGCUUUGGUCUUGUCUACAUUGAUCGUUCGAACAACCUCAAGAGAACACCAAAAAAAUCCCAAGAAUGGUUCACUUAUUUCCUCAAGAACUAAACAACUUCCCCAACAAGUUAUUGUUAUGAUGAUAUAUGUUAUUGCAGCUUCUAGCACAAAUAAGUAGAAAAUAAAUUGCAAUUAUCGUGCUACUUAUUUCUAUGUUUUCUGUUGUUUUUCAAUAAAUAAUACGAUCAUCUUCUCUUGUAUGACAA